AAUCUCCCCUAGACAAGUUCGCCAUUAAAGGGUCCCACUUGCUCAUAAAAUUCAAAUAAACAUAUAUAUUCACUUCUUGAAUUCCUCUCCUUUCCAGUUUCCAGAUCUGAUAUCAGAUCAGAUGACUUAACCCAAUUCCUUACUGGGUUCAUCUCAUCAUCGUCUGAAUCGGAAAACCCAUCGACGAAUUGGGAUUUGAUUGAUUCGAAUCGUAACUUUUGGAUCCCUACUUGUACGUUUACAGGAUGGGUGUCCAAGAAAAUGGGAGCGGUGAUAUGGGUAUGUCUGGUGUUCCUCUUGGAUCGAAGAACAAAUACAGAAGAAUGGAUUCUGAUUACAGUGAUGAUGACUUGGAGGUUGUACCGUACAAGCAGACACAGCAGGAAAGGAGCAAAAGUACAAGAAAAUAUGUGUUUGCCUGUGCUGUAUUUGCAUCUCUCAACAAUGUUCUCCUUGGCUAUGAUGUUGGUGUUAUGAGUGGAGCAAUCAUAUUUAUCCAAGAAGAUCUAAAAAUCACCGAGUUUCAAGAAGAAAUUCUCGUUGGUUGCCUGAGUGUCAUCUCCCUAUUGGGCAGUCUAGGCGGCGGCCGUGCCUCCGAUGCGCUUGGCCGGAAAUGGACGAUGGGUAUAGCUGCAAUUGUGUUUCAGAUUGGUGCACUUAUAAUGACCUUAGCUCCAACUUUCCAAGUUCUGAUGAUCGGUCGCCUCCUCGCCGGAGUUGGAAUCGGAUUUGGUGUCAUGAUCGCUCCGGUUUACAUCGCCGAGAUUUCACCGACGAUCUCCCGAGGCUCCUUCACCUCCUUCCCUGAAAUAUUCAUAAAUCUCGGGAUUCUUUUGGGGUAUGUCUCUAACUAUGUGUUUUCCGGCUUCCCUUCGCACGUGAACUGGCGAAUAAUGCUCGCUGUCGGAAUUCUUCCGUCGGUUUUUAUAGCAUUCGCGCUAUGCAUAAUCCCGGAGUCUCCGAGAUGGCUAGUCAUGCAAAACCGAGUGGAUGAAGCAAGAUCAGUUUUGAUGAAAACGAAUGAAAUCGAAGCCGAGGUUGAGGAGAGAUUGUCGGAAAUCCUGAAGGCGGCCGGAAUUGGGGCUGGAGAGAAUCAGGAAGAGAAAGCCGUUUGGAGGGAAUUACUGAGUCCAUCUCCUUCACUAAGGAGAAUGCUAGUUACUGGAUUCGGAAUCCAGUGUUUCCAACAGAUCACCGGAAUCGACGCCACUGUAUAUUACAGUCCCGAGAUUCUGCAAACCGCCGGAAUUCAGGAUAAAACAAGACUCUUGGCGGCAACCGUGGCCGUUGGAAUCACUAAAACCGCCUUUAUUUUGGUCGCUAUUAUGCUCAUCGACAAAGUCGGGAGAAAGCCGUUGCUAUACGUGAGCACGAUCGGAAUGACCAUUUGUUUAUGCGGUUUGGCGAUCAGUCUGUCGUUGUUCAAAGCAACGUCUCUCGGAGUGGCAUUGGCGAUUCUAUCAAUAUGUGGGAAUGUAGCCUUCUUUUCAAUCGGAAUCGGACCUGUUUGUUGGGUUCUAACAUCCGAGAUCUUUCCACUACGUCUUCGAGCUCAAGCAUCAGCGUUAGGGGCAGUAGGCAAUCGGGUUUGCAGUGGAGUGGUGGCAAUGUCAUUUCUAUCGGUUUCUCGUGCAAUUUCAAUGGCAGGAACAUUUUCUAUUUUCACGGUGCUUUCGGCUUUAUCGGUUGCUUUUGUUUACAAGCUCGUUCCAGAGACGAAAGGGAAGUCAUUGGAGCAGAUCGAGCUGUUGUUUCAAAAGGAUCGGAAUUGGCAAGAAGAGGAAGUAGAGCUAUCGGAUACUCAAUAUUUGGUUCAGCAGAAAAACGACGUCAUUGCGAAUUGAGAAACCUUGGUUGCCAAAUUUAGAAAGUUUUUAUGUCGUAAUGACUUACUAAUAUUAGUAAUAGUAAUACUUAUAUAUGCAUAGAAAGUUGUAAAUUUUUGUUGGUCAUAUAUUCUUUGCCUUAGAGAAGGGCGUGACAAUGUGUCAUUUGUGUUUGUAUUGAUGUCAUAAAUACCUGAGAAAGAAGAUACCUCCAAAAUAUGCAUCUUUGUUGUUUAUAAGGAUUCUGUUUGCUUUA